UAGAUAGUUCUAAAAAGCAAAUGAACUCCCAUUUUUGCCCUUAAUUUUCAGGAUUAUCUUAAUACUGUAGCUUUAUUGUAGCCCUAAAUUAUUUUGGAUGCUUCUAAUUUCCUAGAAUUUUCUAUGCACUCAUUGACAUAGCAUAGUUUACAAAUGUCGAGAAACCUCCUUAAUAAACUACAUGGUUUUAAAACUCGAGUUUGUCAGUUUGAAAUCAGUGUUUGGAACUCUUUUCAUCCUCCAUCUCUCAGCAUUUUGCUUGUUCCCUUUGAGUAUCAUUCUAGAGCUAAGACAGCCUAGUUAAUGGUUUCUCUUAACAUUCAUUUUCCUGUCUUAUAGCUGUUGGAGCCAUCCUUUGACUAUGGAAAAUUGUUGCCUUCUUGAGGUAGAUGUCAAUGGCCAAGAAUUAUUUUUGGUGGACAAGACUAUUCUUGUAUCUCUCUCAGGGAGAUUAAGAGAAUUAUUCAGUAAGUUGACAGGGAAAACAAGAAGGCUGAAAUUAAUUUUCGACAAAUUUCCAGGAGGUGCUGAUUGUUUUGAACUCAUUGCUAAGUUUUGCUAUAAUGGUGGUAGGAUAAAGAUUACUCCUUUUAACAUGUUUCAACUGCAUUGUGCUGCCAAUUACCUGGAAAUGAAUCAAGAAAUGCAGGGGAAACCAAAUUUGAUUGAGCAAACGAGUUCUUAUUUUCAGAAGAUUCAUUACAUGACAUGGUCUGAGUUAAUAACUGGCUUGGAAAAGUGCCAACAACUCCUUUCUUUCUUGCCAUCUUCAUCUAUACUUCAAGAUUUCUUGGAUUGUGUUGUUGGAAGGCUUGAAUUUCAUAACAUUUCUAGCCCAUGUGCAUCUUCUUCCGACAAUUCGUCAAUGCAGUUUUCAGGGGAUAUUAGUACAGAAAGCAAGGGAAUUUACAGUUCUCAAACAACCUGGUGGUUUGCAGAUCUUGGAUUUUUGAACCUUAAUAUGUUCAGGAGAAUUAUAGAGACAAUGAUGUCUAAUAAAUUGGAUCAUUCUGUGAUUUCUUCAUUCCUGUUUUAUUACAAAAGAGUGAAAUGUCCCACUGCUUCAUCAGCUCAGAAAUGCAGAAUCAUUGAGACAAUAAUCAAGUUCCUUUCUUCUCUUGAUGGGAGUUUUAUCUCUAUUAGAGGUCUAUUUGACAUUCUACAGGCAUCUUUUACCUUGAAAAUGAGCAAAUGUGCAAAGGGGAAGUUAGAAUAUUUGAUUGGCUCGCAGUUAGAUAGAGUUAAACUUGAUGAUUUGCUUAUUCCUUCUCCAGCAGGGGAAAAAAGUGCUUAUAAUGUAAAUUUAGUUCUGAGGUUGCUUGACAUAUUCCUCUCCAAUAGCCGCGAAAAAUUAUUGAUGUAUCAACUGAAAAACGUUGCUGAGUUAACAGAUCUAUAUAUCAUGGAAGUGGCACCUGAUCCUUAUCUUAAACCUUGCAAGUUUUUGGCAUUGGCAGCAGCACUGCCUGAUAUUGCAAGAGAAUCAUAUGACACAAUUUAUCUUGCCAUGGAUAUGUACCUCAAGGUACAUAAAUAUGGUUUAUCUGAAGAAGAAAAGAUAAAGAUGUGUGGUGUCCUAAGCUAUGAGAAGCUCUCUGAAGAAAGUCUAAAGGACCUUGGUCAAAAUGAAAGCUUUCCAGCUUGUGCAUUGGUCACUCAGCAGAACAGGCUCAGUUAUUCGGUCACAAGACACAUCUAAAUGUUUAGUGAGCAUUAGAAUCAAUGUAGUUUUUGAAACGCAAUUAGCAGUGGCAAUGUAUAUACCAAGUCUUGAGAAAGUUUAAUGUAACAGGGUAGGAAAAUCAAGUUUUGUUA